UUUUCCUUAAGUUUUGUGAAGGCACAGCGAUUGCUCAUCUGCCAUAAGCUGGAAGAAACUAAUGAAAAAGCUUGGUGAGAUGGAAUCUGGAGAAUGCAGCUUUCUGGAGGGUGUGCCAUGCCUUUCCUUGACUUGCAGAAACGGCUGGGCAUUAGUCUAGAUCGUCAUUUACUAAUCCAGAAUGCUGAACAGCCCUUCAAGAUUCCAACAUUAUGCCAGGCUUUUGAAAAAGAAUGGAUAGAAUGUGCACAUGGAAUUGGUGGUAUCCGGGCGCAAAAAGAGUGCAGCAUAGAACUUGAUGAUUUCAAAGAAUGUUUGCUUCGGCAGAAAACAAUGAAACGCAUGUGGACCAUCCAGAAACAGCGGGAGAAGCUAAUAAAGGAAGGGAAGUACACCCCCCCACCUCACCACAUGGGCAAGGCAGAUCCCAGGCCCUGAUCACUGGAGGCUGAUUUUCAAGUUGUUUGUGUUCCACUGAAAAGGUUGUUCACUAAAAACCUCUUCAUCAAAAUGUGUAAAAAUAAAGGAUUUCUCCAUCUUG